GCUCAAAGAUGGCGCUGCGCGUUUCUCCAGUCAGACGAGCUCUCUGUCAUCACCUGUAAGAAAAAACUAUGACCGGAGAAAAAGCGAUAUAAUAACACAGAAGACACUCCAGCAACAUCGGACCGUCCCGUCAAGUCAAGCGCGAUGCCUUCUCCUAAAGCGCGGAGCGGCUCGGGGCGCAGCGGCAGUGUUCCGUGUCCUGGUGGAAACGGGCGCUACGAGUUCAUUUCUCUGAACAGGACCCCUCCUUCUCCUGUGCCGCCGCAGCUGCUGCAGAGACAGGGCUCGGACCCCACCACCGCCCGCCUCCGCGCCUCAGAAAGCCCCGUCCGCCGCCGCGGCUCCGGCUCCUCCAACUCGUCCACCGGCGGCGGGGGGCAACAGUUACCGGAGGAGGACUGCAUGCGGCUCAACCCGUCAUUCUUCGGCAUCGCGCUCAGCUCCCUGCUGGCCAUCGACCUGUGGCUGUCCAAGCGGCUCGGGGUGUGCGCCUGCGAGGACUCGUCCUGGGGCAGCGUGCGGCCACUUAUGAAGCUCAUCGAGGUGUCCGGUCACGGCAUCCCGUGGCUGGCAGGAGCCGCGUACUGCCUGUACAAGAGUGACAGUCCCGCCGGACAGGAGGUCAUGCUCAACCUGCUCAUGGCCUUAGUUCUGGACGUAAUCUUGGUGGGAGUGUUGAAGGCUGUUGUGCGGCGUCGACGUCCAGCUCAUAACCGUAUGGACAUGUUUGCCACAUUCUCCGUGGACAGCUAUUCCUUCCCAUCAGGCCACGCCACACGUGCUGCGAUGUGCGCCCGCUUUCUAUUGACGCAUCUGGUGCUGGCGGCCCCGCUCCGCGUCCUUGUCCUGCUCUGGGCCACCAUUGUCGGCUUCUCCAGGGUUCUGCUUGGACGCCAUAAUGUGACGGAUGUUGCGUUUGGGUUCUUCAUGGGCUACUGGCAGUAUAAUCUGGUAGAGAUGUUGUGGUUGUCUCCGGUCAUGCUGCAGAGCGCGAUCGGACAGCUUCACUGAGAAGCUUAGACUAAGGGAUUGUUAUUUGGAGGAUCUAGACUUAUUCUGUUGCUGCCACUGUGCUGGUUAGCAAUCUUUAAAGGGACGGUUCACCCAAAAAUGAGAAAUCUGUCAUCAUUUACUCUCCUUUCGCUUGUUCCAAACCUGUUUGAGAAUGUUGAGGAAAACCUCUGACUUCCACAGUAUUUUUUUCCAACAUUCUUCAGAAUAUCUUGGUUUUUUGUUUAACAAAAGAAAGAAAUUUGUUAAAGUUUAGAGUAAAUUGUGAGGGAAUUGUGUUUAUUUUUGGGUGAACUUUUGUUUUAAUGUCUUUCAAGUUGCAUUUAUGUGGGUUUUGUGUGUCUUCUAACUUGAAUGUAAAAUAUUAAUCUCAAAGAUCUCCUUCCAGGGUUUUAGGUUCAUAUUACGUCAAGAUGAUAAAGUUUGUUGGAGCAUUAAAGGGAUGGGUCACCCCAAAAUGAAAAUUCUGUCAUUUACUAACUAACUGUUGUGUUCUUCCAAACACACAGGACAUUGGUUUGUAUUUGGAACACAAAUAAUAUACUUUGAAUAAAAUCAGAAAUUGAUGUUUUUACAGGGCUCUAGGAUAACUUUUUGCAUUGGGUUAGCGCAAACAGCCUAGUGAUUAAGUGACAUAUAGCACCUUAGUGCUCACGUCGACCCGAGUUCCCGGCUCAAUCCUCUGCUGAUCCUUCCCCUCUCCCUGCUCCCAAUGCUUUCCUGUCUGUCCUCCACUAUCCUAUCCCAAUAAAAAAGUAAAAAAAAAAAAAACGUAAAAAAUAAAUAAAUAAGCUUGCAUUGGUGCGCCUCACUAUUUUUCUUAAUCGCAAACGUUGAGUUCACCCAAAUUUUCAACCGCAUUGCAUUUAAUGCAGCAGUAACACAGCAUUACAAGUUCACUUUUAAAUUGAUAUCCAUGUAGACAAUAUUGACUUGUGAUUAACUAAUAAUCUGGAUAAGAUGAUCUUUAUUCGAACAAGAAAUGUAACUUACUACCACCCUUCACUAUCUCUGAUUGGUUAAAUGUGCGUCUGUUCAACCAAAGUCAUGUGUGU